UGAUGUCACUUGAUGGUUUUGGAAACAAGACAAGCCUUCUGCUUCUUGACAAGUCGUGAGAAAAAUCACCACUUCCAGCAUGCGCCCGUGGAGCUGCAGUCGGAAAGCAGGAAGACCAACUUAAAUCACCAAAGUUUCAAAACUUGCGUUCUCCUUAAUUGUAUACUUCCAUGGCACCAAAACCUGGCCAAAAGUUCAGGUUGCAUACUGGUCCUUCAAGUUCUACCACUUCCAAAAACAAUAACAGCCAGUUUGUAUUACUUCCUUCGGUGGGGAACAGGGAAUGAUUUACUGUUGGGAAAAAAAUGAUGAAUACAAUGGAUGAUUGUUAGACAAGUACCAUGGCAUCCCAGCAUCAGUCUAGACGGAGCGUGCGGGGCGGCCCGCCUGCAGCGCCGAGCAGACAAUGGUCAACAGUGGGCCAACCAACAGGAAAGGCAAAUUAUCGACCAAUGACAGGCAUGUCCAGAAGGCCAUCCAGACAACAGCUACAGAAGCCAGCCAGACAGGACAGCAUCCCAGAAGCAGAGAGAAACGAAUCAACGCCUGACCAAAAUCCAGUUCAACCUCUUCCAAACUCCAAGAAGCGCUAUUCCUACGGCCAGCCGUCUGACCCGCGAGUCGCUGCCGAGAUGGCUGUGUUGACCGAGUACGUUAAGGAGAAGAGCCUCAUGAGUACCAUGAUGACAUGCUGCCAGGCGGUCCUGCAACGGGAGAGUCUUCCGUACAACCCUUACCCUGUCUUUGUCAGCUGGAUGCGACGUGAGGCCGAACGGUUCCACAUGUUUGCCAAGAGCACAAAAUCCAUCCAGGCGACACUCACCAGCAAACAGCAGUCCACAACCACCCCGCAUAUUUAUGGGGUCAAAGGUCACAGCAAUGCUUGGGGUCUGGAGGCCGUGAUCAAUGCCGUCGACCCGCAGGCUUUGAAGCGCUACGAUUGGCUGGUCGAGGAUGAGACGCCAACUAAACUGGUGCUCUCCGACGAGCAACAGGAAUACAGCGGCCAAAUUUUGGUUGCCAUGGUUGGGCCAGCGGCCUUCACCGGAACAAUGUAUCGCAAAGCGCCCUCUAUCGAUAUACGAGUGGAAUAUGUCAUCUACGGUCCGGAUCUUCCAACGGCUUUGUUGAUCUUCAACAGCUGUAUAUCGGAGGACAUCCGACGGCAUAUAUCUGCAGACUGCCCUCACAGGAUCCUCGGAAUUGUUGUGCCAAGAUCUCAGCCCAAUGAGAAUGAGUUGUGGACGGUGGAGCAAGCCAGAGAGAAGUGGGACGAUUUCUGGGACACAGUGAGAGACUCUGUACUGCAAAAACGACCGAUCGUAUUGCAGUGCAUGUUUCUCCUUGACGAAGAAACGGCCGAGUAUCGCAUCGGCAAUAAGCAGUUCAUUCUGCACUUUGUGGAAACCUCAGAGAACUCACAACAAGAGAGAUUCCGUAGUUUUGCUGAGCUACCCUACCUGACGCUGUACGAGGGAAUCUUCCUGAGGAAAGCCCACGCGGAGACUUACGUCAUGACCUUGAAACGGCUGCAGGAGACGACCAACCAGUCUGGCGCCAAUGCCAACGGGCAUAGGGAAAGCAUGGAAGACAGUCUGGCAUCCCUACAUGAAGCCGAGAGGGACGAUGGGAGUGACUUGGUUAAUGCGGAUGAAGUCAGGGAACCAAUCAGAGCGAAAUGGCAGAGGCAGAUAGCCAAGUGUCAUCCAGUUAGGGAUGCCUUGAUACUGGCUCAUCUCACCUUUCUAUUGGCCCUCUCAGAUAGGAGUGUUCAAGGUUCUGAGGUCAGGAUUGAGCUGUACAGAUUUCUGCACAGCACAGCCGCCUCAUGGUAUGCGGCUACAGUACUCAACUCUGCCUUGCAAGUGCUUGUCACUACAAUUGACCAAGAGAACGAAGACGAUGGGAAGUUUCUGACCCAGCAGUUUUUGGAGUACAAGACCAAACUGCUGACGGCCAUCAAUCCUGAGUUACAUGCCCGGUCGUCAGAGAUGUACAUCCUUCACAGAAACCUGGGUAACGUCCUGCAGAAUAUGUUAAUACCUGAUCCAUCGGAUGCCAGCAAGGUGGUCUUAAAGGCAUUGGACUUGAACACAUUGCAGCAAAUACAGAACGCCUGCUUGUCACUCCAGUUGCUGCUUACAGAAGACGCCAUGUUCUUCUUCAAGCGUCUGAAUUUCAAGACUUUAGUGAGGGGGUGCAGGGAAGCCUUCAACAUGAACGCUGCAAAAGCAGCUGAUGCAGGCAAAAAGAAGCCACAAGUCAAAUCUACUAAGAGUUCCAACUCUCUGACAGCACAAACGUCUAGCCCAGCUAAGAUGAACCACGGAGUGGAAGUGAAGGAGAUCACACAACAGAAGAAUAUCGUAAUUGAUGUUGAGGAAGUCAAGUCCUUUAGUAACUGGCCUCGUAUCAUGGUGACAGAGGCUGUUCUCAUGCAGUACAUGGUGGAUAUCAAGCUGGACCAGGUCUGGCAUGAGUACUUACUGGAGUUGCUGACCGGUGACCAUCUACCCCCAAACCCUUACCCACGGCUGGUCACCGUGCUUCGUCAAGCUGCGCACAGAAUGCAGCUCUGUGCGGAGACUAACGCCUCCCUGUCCACCAAGCUUCUACGCCCAGAUCAGACCAAAUUGGUUGACCGUAUCAACUCCAUCCAUGGAGUGACCAGCGUGGGAGCCUACGGACUCUCCCCUCGCACCCUUGCCGGGCUGGAUGCUGAACCAUCAGGUUUCAUCAAGAUUGCCAAACUGAUGGAGGGGUUGACAAACAAGGAGGUGGUGGCAAGAAGAGGACAGUUCCAGAUUGAAGUGAGUCUUGCAGUCGGGCGGGGCUGUGCAUUUUACGGUCGUCUGGUACCCUAUCUCAUCACACUGCAUCUGUAUGAGCAUUACUACAUCCGAGGGAACAUAGGAGCUGACAGUGAUGCCAUCCAACUCUACGCCAAACUAUUAUAUGACAACAUCAGCAGUCUGUCUGCCCAGAACCACCACAUACUCCUGGGAGUGUUUUUUGGCGGUGGCAGCCGUUACAUGAGUGAAGCCGAUUUGGUGGAUGAUAAGGCAACGUUCUUCUCUCAUGUGGUGGAUGCAGCGAGGAAGAAAGAGGACAUUCAUCUGAAGAUCUAUCAGCCAAUAGGCUGGCGCUAUCUGCGUAUUCACAAGCACUUUGUCCUGCACUAUCUGUUUGUCGAUAACACUGAGGAUAGGCAUGAAUGCUACAGCCCUGACGACCCAUCGUCGGUGUGCCAGUCUGUCUUCUUAUCACAAGCACAGGCUUCCGCACACGCCCGUGGAGGCGGAGCCAAGCAGCUGGGCAAUCUUGAGAGCGCCACCAACCUGCGUGGCGUCAAUGAGUAUCUCUCCAAGGAAAUAGAGGGCGCUCUUGAUGGACACCAGGUGAUGCCGGCAUAUCAGCAUAUCCUCUGUAAAGCACUCGUCAACAAGGAUAAGAAACUCAUUGCUGAUGCCUGGAGGGCUCUACACAGCUUGGCCUAUCAGCUGGACUACAUCCAGGCAAUCAACCAAGAUCUGCAGGACUUGGUCCGAUACGCUCUGCUCUUCCCCGGGAAACUGAUCAAGGCUUCAGCGUCCAGUCAAUCACUGGCCAAGGGGCGGGGCAACAAGGCAAAGGGGGAGGCGGGACCAAGCAGCCAGGGCCCUUUCAACGAUGCAGCCCUUGCCAAGUUUGCCAGCGUCUACUCUGAGAAGCUGACCAGCGUCCUGCAGGAGCCUUGUGCCUUUGUCCCCUCAUCGCUGCUUCAGGUGAUCCAGGAUAAGCUCCAGACGAUCGUUGAUGUUGACAAUCAGACCAACAGGCAGAGCCUGCCUAUUGAGCAAGAGACUAUUUCUACACUGAAGGAAAUCUGGCAGCUCAUACAUCCCGUUCAGGACUGGACGUCGUUUGACGUUCACAAAGCUCUAUCUCACCACGGUAACGGCUUCAUAUCACCCCAGGAAUAAAAGUAGCUUUACCAAAGACCAUAGUGUUAAGUUGCUUUUGUUCCUCCCUAAAAAGAAGCAUAACGUUUGCAUGUCGAUACCUGCUGAAAUAUUCCAUUUGAGAGGAUUUCCUCAUAGUGAAUAGUCCGAGUAUCAGCCGUUGUCCAACGGAGCAACUUUUAUGCGACCCUGCGUGCCAGCCAAUCGGAGUUGACUUAAGAAAGUGUGACGCCAUUUCAAACAGAAAUGUGUACGAAGUUGUUGAUUGGUCAACUUGGCCGACAUGUUUUUGUAAUACAACGGGUUGUGGAAGACCCGAUAUAGAAGGCACCCGCUGAAUGGUCAGAAUCUCGAGGUCAAGACGCAGUAGACUUCCACGAUACGAAGCCUCGUGUAGGCAGGAAGCACUGAGAGCAACUAGCUCAACCGCCUAGGCAGUUGGGUGGUUGAUGUGGCCCUUUACCGAAAGACAGGACCGUGCAGGACCACACCGUCAGCCACGCAGUUUAACCAGUUCAUGUCGGAUGACGUGUAUACAGGCAAAGAAUUAGGGGUAUUCGGAAACAGAUGACGGAUAAACACGCAACGAGAGAGGCCGGAAAUUUCUGUC